GGGAGUGUAAACGAGCCAGAGCCGAGGCAAUCGGACCGUUUUCCUGGACACUUACGUUGGAUAUUUGCUUUGGUAAGAGCUCAAGAACUCGCCGGAAGAGUUGCAGUAUCAUUGUCUCGCAAUUCUAAAAAAGGCUCAGCAUGUCGGCUCCGGCAUCCCGCGCGGUACAUCCGUGUGUCUUGUCCGUAACGGAGGGCACCCGCGGAGUGGAAUUCUCGACUUGGGCGCAUAUCACUACCAACAGCGGCAGGAGCAAUAAAGUAUCGUCGUGCUUGCCUAACUUGGUUACGGCCUCCGCCAGUACCAUUUCCGUGUAUCGUAUUGAUGAAGAUAACAACGGCAAGCUGUGGCUAGAGCACUCCUUCGGGAAUCUAGCGGGGACGGUUGUUUUUCUGGGAACGUUGAAGGCAACUCAGCAAGCGGAUGUUCCUGACGCGCUGCUCGUGGGAUUUGCGGGACAUGCCCGCUGGACCGUCCUACAAGUCCAACACGAUCUCUUGCAGGCCACGUCUUUGUUGGAUCUCACACCGAUCCUGUCGGACUACAGUUACGGACAGGCAUCGAAUUGCUUGGCGGAACAAGACAUGAUCCUGACGUGCUUGGAAUCGCGUCCUGGGAGGACGGUAGUAGGCUGCGUUUUGGGCGGUGGCGUCGCUGUAGCGGUCGUGGAAGUCGGCUACCAAAAAGCAGUGGCCGGAUGGAUCGCUGACGAACCCUACGUGUUACCUUUGGCAAAUUUGUCCACUCAGCUCCCGCACCGAGCGAAUCACCUUGGUAACAAAAGCUAUACAAGCAACAGUAACAACACCCACCCAAAUAGUGGAGAAUCCAUUGCAACAGGCUUUGGUGACAUAUUGUCGGCUGCAUUUUUGUCGGGCUAUCUUGAACCCGUUCUCGUUUUGUUACAUUCCGACGUGGAAGGGCCUGUAUGGAGUGGACGCUUGGGCCGGGAACGUGGUGUGGCUGGGGCACCACCCUUGUUUGUUACGGCGCUUUCAAUUAGUGUCGUGCACGGGCGGACAGCUGUCUUGUGGAGUCAAGUGGUGUCCGCUGACGCCACCAAGAUUCUUAGCUUUGGAAAGACAGGGUGCUUAGUUGUUGGUGCGAACACACUUGUGAUUUUGGAAAUCGGAAAAGUCCAGCAGGUGAUUGCCAUGAACGGAUGGGCACGUUCCACUUGUCCAGCAGCCUUACAGACCGCCUUGCAAGCCAAUCCUGUGGUCAAAUUAGCAAUUCAGCUAGAUGGUUGUUGUGUGACCUGGCUCUCGGAACACUCUGCCAUAAUGGCGCUACGCACUGGACAGCUUUACGUGCUACAACGGACCGACGACCGUUGGGCAGUCAUGCCUCUGGGUCAAACGCUGGGAGCGGUAGGAGAAGUGGCCCACUUGGCCUCGUUGCCUAUUGGUGGUCUGCGUUGGCUGGAAAAAAUGAAAAUGGAUGAGAACAAGGCAUCGGAGAUGCAAAUGGGUGUUUUGUUUGCCGGUAGUCGCACCGGGGACUCUCUGUUUCUUGGAUACGCUUUGGAAAUCGUCACCAUGCCAUGGGCUGCCAUCAAGUCGGAAGGGCAAACUUUUAUCAAUUUUGAAGGUAGCGAGCUUUCAAAAGUCGCAACGACGGCGCCGAUAGCAAAUGGUUUAGAUCGAAUUCUGCAGCUAGAAGAAGAGGCAUUAUAUGGGACAGAUAGAAGCACACCUUUACACAUCGUACGGGAUAGUGAGGAGGAGGAAACUGCCGACAUCCCGUCGGACGCCAAACGAUUGCGGCCGGUCGCAUUUACUGUGGUUCGGACUAUCGUGCCACUCGAUGUCCUCGUCAACCUAGGGCCUCUGGGGCCUUCCUGCGAAGGGCCCAUUUGUGCUCCGCCAAAUUUCAUGGUAAGCCAAGAAAAGGUCACGACCGCGAUGGGGAAGAAAGAACCAGUAUUCGGAUCUCCCGCGUGUAUCUAUCCGUGCGGUUAUGGCUCCAGUGGAGGGGUGGCAGUAGUCACCGUUCCUGGCCGAGACGACCGAAUGAUUCUAGCAGAAGAGGAUUGCUUGAAUGUCGAUGCCAUCUUUAGUCUUUCCACAGCAGGUAUCAUUCUGCUAGGUAUGGGCGGCGGCGGAAUCAAGGUUCUACGCCUAAAGCAUUCCAACGCAUUGGAGGAAGUGGAUGUCCAACAGUGGUGCCGAGGUUCGAAAGACAACACAUCUGGUCCCUUUCCAAGUUGUGUCCAAUUGUUCACCGCUACUUUGCUACAAGCGACAGAGUUCAAUGACCGCAGUUUUGCUUUACUCGUGUCCUCUCCGCUAGAAGACGGCGUAAGCUAUUCCGUCGUCAUACUUAACGAGGAGAACGGAAAUCUAUGCAUCAAGUAUCAGCAUGUGAUCGCAUCGACUGACGACAAGAUGUUAUCGAGCACUCCUUUUGUGCAUUCACCAUCCGAUGAAGCAGUAGCGUUUGGUUGUAAUUGGUUGUCAGGGGAUGCCUUCUCGUUUAUUUUGGAUGCAAAUGGAAGAUUUCGAGCAUGCCAAUUUGCAGGUCGCGCCGAGUCGCUUAACGAAGAGAUGGACGUGGACAAUGAUGAAGAACGAGAAUUCUACCGUUUUUAUAGCAAGAAAAGGAUUGUCGCUGUUGAUGUUUUCCAAGCACCAGGAAAUAUUUUCUCCUCGGCGUUCUUUCCUGACGAGAAACACGAUGAUGUGAUUAACGGUGACGUACAGCAGCGAGCCAAUGUUGUUGAUUCUGAUGAAGAUGAGCAGGAGUUGUACUGUAACCCUGGUGACCCAGGCAAUUUUGUAGCAUCUGGGCACAUCGCUUCUUCGCAGCAGGACCUUCAGAAUGAGGGAGACGGGGGAAAUCCCGCAUUGUAUAUUGCUGUCUGCAGACAAUCUGGGCAACUGGAGAUUUAUCUUGUGCCUUUAAUCGACAAUAUACCUCGAUGCUGCUGGAAAUCGAGCGGCUGCGGACUCGGAGUAUCCUCGCUGACUGGACAGAACGAAUCAAAAGUGCCUUUGCCAAAGACCUACAAAGUUCAUGCACGAGAAAUCCGGUUCUUCGAAUGUGGACCAAUACCCUCGAAGACAUUGGAUACCGCGAAAAAAAACAGAAGCCUUUGCCUUGCUGUUGACUGUUCGUCUGGCGAUCUAAGUGUAUAUCGACUAGCAAUAUCUCAGGACCAUGGAUUCCCGCCAAGAUUUGAAAAAUUUCGAAUGAAAUCGGUUUUUCGGCGAAGCCAGGAGCAGGCGAGACAUCGAACUAAGCUAAUUCGGAAACGAAUGGUGGUUGAUGUUAACGAUGGCACCGGUGGGUUUGUUUAUAAUCGACUAUAUCGAUUUUCUGGUAUUUCUGGUCAGGCCGGGAUGUUUGCAGCAGUUCCAAGACCAUUUUGGCUGUGUGCUGAAAGAGGAAAGCCUUCGAUGCUUUUUCAUAGAACCAGGCACGCCUCACCGGCGGGUGGAAAACUGAGACCAGUGUCUGGAUUCUGCUCAGCUGUUAUUAACGAUAAAAGUGGAAAUGGAGGCUUUAUCACCCUACAUGAACGUGUUGGCCGGAUCGGGAGUCAGCGACUAACCUUAUUCCACGGCCUUGCCCCUGCGUUUGGUGCACAUGGUCUGCUUCCCGGUGGAGGGAUGUGCGUAGAAAAAAUUUUAUUUGGCAUGACCGUUCGUCACAUUCAAUUUAUCAACGAUCCAUUUGUCUCGACAAGUGAACAUCCGUUGUACGCGUUGCUCGUUUCAAAGAAACUAGAAGUUGACCAAAGUGAUCUGAACGACGAUGGCCUCACAGCCCAAGAACGGAAAGAAACAGAGGAGGAGAAAGAAAAUGCUAAAAUAAAGCGACAGGUUGAGGCAGAUUUGGGGGGCUUUGAUUUAGAGAACGAAUGGGUCGAAGAAAUCGAAAGGGACGAUUGUUUUGCAGUUGAGAUGCAGCUAGGCGGGGCGCCUCCUAUCCCAAAAGAAGCUUUUGCCGUUUGGAUUGUUGACGCAGCAAACAACUGGAUGGUGGUAGAUUCGUUCAAGCUUGACGAAUAUGAACAUGGGAUGACUCUGAGUAUUAUGGAGCUUACCGAAUUCCCUGAAGAACCAGGUAGUAGCAAUGAUACUGAUGUUUCCGGAGAUGAGCUUUCCAAACGUAUGUUCGUAGCUGUCGGCACGGGUGUUUUAGAUCACAAUGGAGAGGAUGUUGCUUCUCGGGGUCGGGCUAUUCUAUUGGAACUCAAGCGCACAAACUCUUCAGCUAAGGCUGCAGGUAGACAGGUGGUUGAACUCUCCUUCUGCUAUGAAAAGGAAAUUUUCCACGGAGCAGUAACUAGUUUGGUUUGUUUGAGCUCGGAAGGAAAGAAUCGAUUGUUAAUCGGUGCUGGAGCGGACAUCAACGUGGAGCAAUGGGGUAAUGCGAAACUGACUCAGGUUGGCUUUUUCCGCGCCACUAUGCAAGUGUUGCAUACAAUACCUUUCAAAAGCUUUCUUUUGUUGAGCGACGCGUACGAUUCUCUUUAUUUUUUAAUCUGGAGGGAGUCUGAUAAAAGUCUGACGCUGCUUGCCAAGGACUACGACCCGAUUCCGGUCUAUGCAGCUGGAGUUAUGAGUCGAGGCCCGGCAAUGACAUUCCUUUGUCAUGACGACCGUCAAAAUCUGCAGUUUUUUCAAUAUGCUCCAGGUGAGGCAGCGGCGCGUGGAGGCAACAGGCUUGUAUGUAGAGCCGACUAUCAUCUCGGGACACAGACCACGUCUUUUGCGUCGCAUUUUUGUCGCUCUAGCUUAAUGAUCCAUAGCGCUACUCCUACAAGUACGUUGGCUGCUCUAAAACAACAGGAUUCCUAUUUUGGACGGAGCGAAGAGGAUCAGCGACUAGGUGCAUAUUUCGGCACAGCUGAUGGUGGGAUGGGAGCCGUGGUGCCCCUCAGUGAGCCAGUAUAUUGGAGACUGACGGCACUGCAGUCCAUCGUCGCGAAUGCCUUGGAGAGCGAUUGCGCUCUAGCCCCGCGAGCAUGGAGACUGUAUCGAAGAAGUACACGCCGCGGCGGCUGUCGCUCUAAUGAUCGAAAGAAAGGGGUGAUAGAUGGUGACCUUGUUCUGCAGUAUGCUGAUCUUUCCAUCAGUAAACAAGAGGAUAUUGCAAGCGCUAUAGGAUCUACCGUGGAUCUAAUUCUUGACAAUCUUUUGGAGCUACAAUGUGGAAGUUUGGUUUUGUGA